AAAGAUAGUUACCCAAAAAAUUGUAACAUUGUUUUUACUGAAAAACUUGCAAAAAAAGAAGGAAAAUAAAAAAGAGAAUUGUUUACUGAAAAAAUUUCCGCAUUUUUUUCUGUCGAGAAAAUGACUCGUAUAUUCUUGACCCAUUUUCACAAAUUUGCUACAACAGAAAUCACUUCUCAUCUGACUAUCAGCGACACAAAAAAGCGCGAGGACUGAACGCAUAGCUUCUAUGCGCGGUUUCUAUAACCUCAAUGGAUUUCUCAAACACCUCGCAGCUUUCACGGCCAUCCAUGAUCAUCAAUGUCCAAAGAGUUCCAUCAAAUCCAUCCAUUCACUGAACCGAAUCAAACAAAACGAACCCAGUAAGCCGAUUACCAGAAAGAGCACCAAGAAGCACUUCAAAUCCAGUAAAAAGCAAGAAGAUGCAGACCCAAAGAUUUACAUGAGAGAAACCAUUGGAAACAUAUACAAAAUUCUCAAAUAUUCAACAUGGGAUUCUGCUCAGGACCAAUUACAGAGGCUGCCCAUACGAUGGGACUCUUACACAGUGAGCCAGGUGCUCAAAACCCAUCCCCCAAUGGAAAAAGCCUGGCUUUUUUUCAACUGGGUUGCUGGGAUUCGAGGGUUUAAGCACGACCACUUCACGUACACAACAAUGCUGGACAUUUUUGGAGAGGCGGGGAGGGUUUCGUCCAUGACCCAUGUUUUCAAGCAAAUGCAAGAAAAGGACAUAAGGAUUGAUGCUGUUACUUACACUUCGCUGAUGCAUUGGCUUUCUAGUGCUGGAGAUGUUGAUGGGGCAUUGAAGGUUUGGGAGGAGAUGAGAGCUCAGGGCUGUGUUCCUACUGUUGUUUCUUACACUGCUUAUAUGAAGGUCCUUUUUAAUGAUAACAGAGUGAAGGAGGCUGCUGAUGUUUACAAGGAAAUGCUUCAAUCUGGGUGCUCUCCAACUUGUCAUACCUACACUGUCUUAAUGGAAUACCUCAUUGGUUCAGGCAAAUGCAAAGAGGCACUUGAGAUUUUUGGCAAAAUGCAAGAUGCUGGAGUACAACCUGAUAAAGCGGCUUGCAAUAUUUUAAUUGAGAAUUUGUGCAAAGUGGGAGAGACAUGGACAAUGAACCAAGUCCUUUGGUUUAUGAAAGAACAUCGCCUUGCCCUUCGUUACCCUGUAUUUCUAGAGGCAAUCAGAACUUUAAAAAUUGCUGGGGUGAGUGAUUCCCUCCUCAGGCAAGUUCAUCCUCACUUUUCCAUUGAAUCUGGGAAUCAGGAGACAGGUGAGCUUAGAGCAACUGCUGCUGAUGCUCCUUCAACAAUGGAUGAAUGGCUUGUACUGAUUCUCUUAAAAAAGGAAAAUCUUGUUGCCAUAGACCACUUACUCGCUGGAAAUGAAGAUAAGAAUAUAAAAUUGAAUUCUGCAAUCAUCUCAACCAUCAUUGAGGUAAAUUGUGGACUUUGCAGACCAGAUGGUGCUUUGCUGGCUUUUGAAUAUAGUGUGAAAAUGGGUAUCAUUGUUGAGAGAAAUGCCUAUCUUUCUUUAAUAGGAGCUUUGAUGAGAUCAAGUUCAUUUCCAAAGGUGGUAGAGAUUGUUGUGGAGAUGAUUAGGGCUGGGUAUUCUCCUGGAACAUACCUAAGUGCACUUCUGAUAUAUAGGCUUGGGCGUGCUAGAAGGACCAAUUGUGCUGCAAAAGUCUUUAAUUUAUUGCCUGAUGAUCACAAGUGCACUACAACUUACACUGCCUUGAUGGGUGUUUACUUCUCUGCUGGUAGUGCUGAUAGAGGACUUAAAAUUUUUGAUACGAUGCGAGGGGAAGGGUUUCAUCCUUUCUUGGGAACAUACAAUGUUCUCUUAGCUGGUCUCCAAAAACUUGGUAGAGUUCGUGAAGCUGAAAUGUAUAGGAAGGAAAAGAAGAGUCUGCAGAGUGAUGGUCAGUCUCAGAAUGCUGUCCCCAUUGAUCAGAAGAUCUGUGACUUUCUAUUUGCUGGGGAUGUGGUAUCUUGAUGCUAUUUGGCACCCAUGAGAUUCCCCACAUUGAUGGUGCUGCAAAUGCAAUGCAUUGCUGCUUAAGAUAAUUUGUUCUAGAUAGGGAAGCACUUCUCCUGUCAACCUGAUGACUCUGUAUAUGAUGGUGGCAAGAUGCUGCAAAUCGAAAAUCCAGACUCUGGAAGAGCCAUCACCACAUGGGCUUCAUAUAUCCGAAUGCUUAGAAAGAAAGCUUUGCAACAGGAUGCAAGGAAACUUUCGGAAAGAGCAGGCUCAGUAUUCAGUUUCUUGUAACCAAGUUCAAUACAUUUGCAUGGAAGUUCUGCUGAUUAGCUCAGAUGCCAAGCUGAAGGUUAUGCUGUUGGUGUCGACGUGGGCUAGGGUUUAUCGUUAUUUAGACGUGAUGUGGUCCACACACUCUGAGUUCCCUUGAUGGGUGCUUAACUUAUAGGUAGGUGAAGACUUAAGGCGUUGUAAACAUGCUUAAAUAAAUAAUUUAUCAUUGUUGACACCAUUAAUGAUAUGUACAAUGGACCAAGCUUAAAAGACCUUUAUACAAAAACUCCUCCCAAUUCACUCUCC